CUUGGUAAUCCUACCGAAUAUCCAAAUGAUUUAACUAGCACAUUUGUUUGGAAGCCAUGAAGAAACUAACAGCUAUAUUCUGCUUAUCUCUCGUAGGUCUUGGUUUGGCGUUCCCAAGCCCCGUGCCUCAAAGCUUAAAUCUUGAUAACCUAGAAGACUAUGACUUAUCGAGGAAAUCCGACAUCAGCAAAGCUGCCAGAUACAAUCCUGUAUUAACCAACGUCUACCAUCUGUUCACAAGAGAUAACCCCUUAGUCAGCCAGCCUCUAAUACUGAACAACCCAAACCUUUUGCAAACGACAAACUACAGAAGCAAUAGAAGAACAAUAGUCUUGGUCCACGGAUGGCUGGAAUCAGUCACUGCUGAUUUUAACACUGUUCUUAUACCCGCUUUCCUCGCCGCUGAAGAUGUCAACGUCAUCGUUGUCGACUGGAGCCUCGGCGCCGCCUCUAUCAGCUACCGCACUGUCAUCGAGAACACCAUUUCUUCUGGUGCAGCAGUCGGCCAGUUCAUCAACUGGGUGAACAAGGAGGCCGGUGGCACCCCUGUCAUGUACCACAUCGUCGGUCAUGGGUUCGGUGGGCACCAGGCUGGUAUUAUCGGCAGAAACGUUGAUGGCAAUGUUGCUUACAUUACUGCUCUUGACCCCGCAUUCAUCGGCUGGACCGCUCACCCCGAUCGUUUCGACCGUGACGAUGGACAGUACACUGAAGUGGUUCACACAAACUAUGGCAUCAACGGUUUCUUAGCUGACCUCGGACACGUUGACUUCUACCCCAAUGGUGGUAUCUCUAUGCCUGGCUGCGACUCUCACGCCUGCGAUCAUGCUAGAAGCUACUUUUACUUUGCCGAGUCCAUAACCACGGGUGGUUUUACUGGAAGACAGUGUUUGAACUAUUUCGCAGCCAUUUUGAACUCUUGUGAUUUAUUGCCGGGUAGACUGCAAAUGGGAGGAUUAGCACCAAAGAAUGGGCGUACCGGUGUCUUCUUACUAGAAACCAACCCUUCUCCCCCGUUCUCUCAAGGCUAAAGUAAUUAGUUGAUGUGAUGUCGAUUCACGUCGUUAAUAGCAUCAUUCAAGCCAUUUCAAAAAUAUUUGGUAAUUUUGAAAAUUUCAUCUUCCAAAGCUCACAAUUCAAUAAAAAUCUAUAUUAACAGAAUCUUACGCCAAUAUUUCUUAUCAUCAUCGCAAUAUUAUUUGCAUUUGUCAUUGCAUCAGGAAAUAAAGAACUUCUAAGAAUAA